UGAGUAUUGGUGAUUUGCCAGAAACAUAUCAAGAUCAACUGGGGACGUAGGAGCUGUAGUGAGAGACGAGACUUUCAGAAACGCGGAAUUAAUUUUCUUGAGGAUGGCGGAGUUCGAGUCCGGUGAGAAGAAGAGACGUCGGCCAAUACGAGAGGAUUCUUCUUACAUAGACCGAAAGGGAAAACUCCUCGCUGUAAUUGGAGACGAGGAUACGUGUGUGGGAUUUCUUCUGGGUGGAGUUGGAGAGAUUAACAAAAAUCGUCAGCCCAAUUUCAUGGUUGUGGAUAAAAACACUGCUGUCAGUGAGAUUGAAGACACGUUCAAACGUUUUGUAAAACGCGAUGACAUCGACAUCAUCCUCAUAAACCAGAACGUAGCAGAGAUGAUUCGUCAUGUGAUCGACAGUCACACACAACCCGUCCCAUCAGUCCUUGAAAUUCCCAGCAAGGAUCAUCCCUAUGACGCCAGUAAGGACUCAAUCCUCCGUCGUGCCAAGGGCAUGUUCAAUCCUGAGGAUAUUCACUGAAUCCAUCAACAGAAAGUUUUAAUUCUGCAUUAAAUAUAAAUAAUUCACUCUACCCACUGGAUUUUCCAGUCGCAUUGAUUAUCCGAUAAAAUAACAUUCCGAGUGCUGCACUAAUUAACUGAGAGAUAAAAUUAAAGAAAGAAAAAUCCUGUUGACAAAAUCGAAACAUCUUUAUUCAUGCGACGCAUGUAAAAAUUUGAAUUUUUCUGUAAAUAGAUUGAAGAAAAAAUUAUUACUCCAGAUUGUUUUAGUCAACAAGAAAAAAGCACUUGUUAACGUUAAUCCUAUCUCUGUGCGUGAUGUUAUGAAUACAAUAAAUAAAGAAAAAUAG